AUGGCGGCGGCGCUGAGCCUGGGCUCCCUUAUGGGGAGGGCGGUUAGCCGCCAACUUCUGCCUAUUCCUCCUGCCAGUGCAGUUGCGGUGAGGUUCGCAUCAAAGAAGAGCGGAGGCAGCUCAAAAAAUCUUGGGGGGAAAAGUCCUGGGAAACGUUAUGGCUUUAAAAAAACAGAAGGCACGUUUGUUCACGCAGGCAACAUAUUGGCAACCCAGCGAGUGUUACGUUGGCACCCAGGAGCUCAUGUGGGGAUGGGCCGCAACAAGUGGCUGUAUGCGCUAGAAGAUGGUAUUGUGCGCUUCACCAAGGAAGUCUAUGUGCCGCGUCCCCGAAGCAAGGAGAGCCGGGAGAUAAUCCCUCAAUUACCCAAAGGAGCAGUGCUGUACAAAACCUUUAUUAACGUGGUCCCCACUGUUGAGGUGGGGAGCUUCAAGUUGGUCAACAUGCUGUGAGGC